GGAUGCGAAUAGGCACAUGGGUGAGGGAACAGGGAAGAAGAAGGGGACAAUCACAGAACACAUCAGUGACACCUUAAAGUGAAACAUGGCAGACUGAAAUUUAACUGCAGAUUUGGUUACUGACAGUGUGUUGGAAUAUUUAUUCGCUUGGAUUUAAUAUGUUUGAUUCAGACAUGUUUGUUUCCAGUGGUCUCUGCUGGUCCUAAUCGUUGAGCUGGGAGGAUAUGGAGGUCGGACUAGCUCGCGGCGAUUGCUACAGACCUUCUCACUGAAUCAGCAUGUCAGCAGGCUGAUCUGAAACUGAAGUAUAAAUUGCAAAUAGCUUGCUUAGGAUACCCAUCGGAAGUAAAAUGGUUGUAAAAUACUAGGGAGCUUCGUAUGUUCCCAAUUUGAAUGGCUAAGGAACCAGCUAGCCAGCCAUCAAACAAUGAAAUUGUGUGUGCAAGCUGGUUAAGGGCGAGUAAACUUGACGACCAAAGAAGGAUUCUCUGAUUGAAAUACAACUUCGUUUAAUUAGUCAACGGGUCGAUAAACAACGCAGCACCGGCAUCUCUGUGAAGACCGCACUGUGGACUUUUUAGAUUUUUGACUGUCUGAUUAGUGAAGCUUUCUACCAAAAGGUGUUGUAGUCCUACAAGAAUGGAGAUCGACUCCGUUACAGGCGACGUGGAUUCUCUUCACGGGGGACUGAUUUCCUUUGAGCCCUUGGUGGACCGAAUUCUGGUGGAUUCGCUGUGCCAACAACAAGGAUGGAUGCGCGUGUAUGAUGUUAAAGGACCUCCCUCACACCGCUUUUCCUGCGGCCAGUCGCCCUACUCAGCGACCAGCAUGUGGGAGAGGAAGUACUGCAUCCUGACUGAUAGCCAGCUCAUCCUGCUCAACAAGGAGGAGGAGCUGCCAGCAGAGGUCCAAGAAAGCCCCACUGAGUCGUCAAAGAGCCGGAGUCUCCGGCGAACAGUCAGCGUGCCAUCAGAAGGACAGUUCCCAGACUACCAGACAGAGGGCGCCUCAAUGCUAGAAGUGUCUUCAGAGAGGUCCCCAAGGAGAAGGAGUAUCUCAGGUCUGGGAAGUUCAGAGAAGAACAUAUCAGUGGAGGCUCCCUCCUCUCCGUUCAGAGUACCGGGCUUCUUCAGCAAACGACUGAAAGGAUCCAUCAAGAGGACAAAGAGCCAGACCAAACUGGACCGCAACACCAGCUUCCGACUGCCUUCCCUACGACCUUCGGAGAGUGACAGAUCGCGAGGGCUGCCCAAGCUAAAAGAGUCCAGUUCCCAUGAGUCUCUACUCAGCCCAGGCAGUGCGGUGGAAGCCCUGGACCUGGGCAUGGAGGAAGACGUUUACAUCAAACCUCUCCACAGCAGCAUCCUGGGCCAGGAGUUCUGUUUCGAGGUGACAUACUCAGGCGGUAGUAAGUGUUUCAGCUGUACGUCUGCGUCGGAGAGAGAUAAAUGGAUGGAGAACUUGAAGAGAACGGUUCAACCCAACAAGGACAACUGUCGGCGUGCGGAGAACGUCCUCCGCCUGUGGAUCAUCGAGGCCAAGGACCUCCCGCCCAAGAAGAAGUACUUCUGCGAGCUCUGUCUGGACGACGUGCUCUACGCUCGCACCACCAGCAAGAUGCGCUCUGACUGUCUCUUCUGGGGUGAGCACUUUGAGUUCUCCAGCCUGCCCGCCGUGCACAGCAUCACCGUGCACAUCUACCGGGACGCAGACAAGAAGAAGAAGAAGGAUAAGAACAACUAUGUGGGACUGGUCAACAUCCCCAUCGGAGGGGUGACGGGGAGGCAGUUUGUGGAGAAGUGGUACCCUGUUAGCACGCCAACCACCAGCAAGGCCAAGGGAGGAGGGCCCUCCAUACGGAUCAAGUCCCGCUUCCAGACCAUCUCCAUUCUCCCUAUGGAGCAGUACAAGGAGUUUGCGGAGUUUGUCACCAACAACUACACCAUGCUGUGUUCGGUGCUGGAGCCUGUGAUCAGUGUGAAGAACAAAGAGGAGAUGGCGUGUGCGCUGGUCCAUAUUCUACAGAGUACCGGACGGGCCAAGGACUUCCUGACAGACCUGGUUAUGUCGGAGGUGGACCGAUGUGCCGACCACGACGUGCUCAUCUUCAGGGAGAACACGCUGGCCACUAAAGCCAUCGAGGAGUACCUCAAACUGGUGGGACAGAAGUACCUGCACGAUGCACUUGGGGAGUUCAUCAAAGCUCUGUACGAGUCGGAUGAGAAUUGCGAGGUCGACCCGGGCAAGUGUUCCAACAGCGAGCUACCAGAGCACCAGAGCAACCUGAAGAUGUGCUGCGAGUUGGCCUUCUGCAAGAUCAUCAACUCCUACUGCGUGUUCCCCCGGGAGCUCAAAGAGGUGUUUGCAGCGUGGAAGCAGCAGUGUGUGUCGAGGGGAAAGCAGGACAUCAGCAAGCGCCUCAUCAGCGCCUCGCUCUUCCUGCGCUUCCUGUGUCCCGCCAUCAUGUCUCCCUCGCUCUUCAGCCUCAUGCAAGAGUACCCCGACGACCGCACGUCACGCACCCUCACGCUCAUCGCCAAGGUCAUCCAGAACCUCGCGAACUUUGCCAAAUUCGGCAACAAGGAAGAGUACAUGGCCUUUAUGAACGACUUCCUGGAGCACGAGUGGGCGGGGAUGAUGCGUUUCCUGACUGAGAUCUCCAACCCGGAGACCAUCUCCAACACACCAGGCUUUGAGGGUUACAUCGACCUGGGCCGUGAGCUUUCCAUUCUCCACUCGCUGCUUUGGGAGGUGGUGUCCCAACUGGACAAGGGUGAAAAUUCCUUCCUGCAGGCCACCGUAGCCAAGCUGGGCCCUCUGCCCCGUAUCCUGGGAGACAUAGCACGCUCGCUGGUGAGCCCCACCCCCAUCCAGCAGCAACUGCGGCGCUUCCAGGACCACAGCUCCUCCCAUAACAUCAGCGGCAGCAUGUCUUCGGGCCUCCAGAGGAUCUUCGAGGACCCGGCUGACAGUAAAAUUCGCAGCCUCAAGUCACCGGUGCAGGAGAACAUGGAGGGCCUUCUGCGGGGGAAGCAUCCUCUCCUGUGCCAGCAGCCGACCUCCGCCCACAGCAUGAGCUUCUCUGACCAGGAGGAGAGGGAGAAUCUCCUCCCCAACGGUCGCUCCAUCUCCCUGGUGGACCUCCAGGACUCCCACGCCCUCCAAAGUGCCCAGGGACCCCUGGGUCUUCACGAGGCCCCCCAGAGGCUUAGCCGAGUGGGCUCUCAGGUCUCCAUUGGACACCCCCACAACACCCAACUCCAAGGCCUCCACCCGUACUCCAACCCCCACACACCACACCAAGCCCUGCACGCCACCAAGACCUCGUUACGAGACAGCCUGCCUCAGAGUGCACCCCAGGUGCGCAGGCCACUGCCUCCGUCGCUGAGUCAGCAACGGAGCCUCCAGCCCUUGUCCUUCCAGAACCCUGUUUACCACCUCAGCAACCUCACCCAACACGCCCUGAACCGCUCCACGCACUCGCUACAGCACGACUCCAGCUCGGAGAACCUGAGUACGGAGAGCUCCCGGAACAGCCAAAGCAAUUCGGAGGACUUUGGCGGGAGCGGAAGCCAAGCAGGGGGCAGGGGGGGGAAAGGCUGCGUCGCAUCCAACAGCAGCCUGGAGGAGUUCGGAAGUAGGCGGAGCGUUCAGAGCGAGGAGUGCUCCACACCGCGGCGCCACACGCAGCCCGAGCACGGGGCGGCCACGGCCGUGGCCGUGCCCAGGCAGAGCAGCACGGCAGGCACCGCCCACAUCGUCAGGGUGGAGCAGCAGAGUCGAGGCGCCGGGGGAGGGAGCGCGGGGGCGCGGACGCCGCACUCUCUGCCCCACAGCGCCUCACUGCGCAGCAGCAACAGCGCCAACACUGAACCGGCGCGCCUGCAGUCUACCUGCUCAGUGGAGAGUCCGGUGCCGUCAGUGAGGAGUGUGGCCAAGCAACAGACCCCCCAGCAGGUUCAGUCUCCGGUAGAGCCAGUCACCAUGUCCCCAGUAGAGAGAACGGCAGCAUGGGUACUGAACAACGGCCAAUACGAGGAUGAGCAGGAAGGGGACCAGGGCAGGGAGGACAGCAAGCACACAGAGAAGUACGAGCAGGAGAUCUCCAAGCUGAAGGAGCGUCUGCGCGUGUCGGGCCGGCGCCUGGAAGAGUACGAGCGGCGCCUGCUGGCCCAGGAGCAGCAGAUGCAGAAGCUGCUGCUGGAGUACAAGUCUCGGCUGGAGGACAGCGAGGAGCGCCUGCGGCGGCAGCAGGAGGAGAAGGACAGCCAGAUGAAGAGCAUCAUCUGCAGACUAAUGGCUGUGGAGGAGGAGCUGAAGAGAGACCAUGCAGAGAUGCAGGCGGUCAUAGAUGCUAAACAGAAGAUAAUCGAUGCACAGGAGAAGAGGAUAAGCUCGCUGGAUGCAGCCAACUCUCGACUCAUGAGCGCCCUCACUCAAGUGAAGGAGCGCUACAGCAUGCAGAAUAUGCGCAACGGCCUAUCACCAACCAACCCCACCAAACUGUCCAUCACUGAGAAUGGUGAAUUCAAAAACAGCAGCUGUUGAUUGUCAGUCAGACAUGCUGUUCAUUGCAGGGGGUCACAUGCUCCUGUCUUAUCAACAAACAAUGCGUGAAGGAGCUCUGUAAUUGGACCAUAUAAAUCUAUGAAGAAUGUCUAGAUAUAUUAAUGUAUAUACCUUGUAUCUUGGUUGUGUACAGAGAUUAUUCUAGAAGGAUGGGAGCAGUAGGUCAACUGUUGUCAUAAUAUAGUGAAUAUGUGUUACAAAUUACAUAAUUCCCAUAUACAGACAAAUACAGAUGAAUUAUAGGUUAAAAGAAGAUUUAUGGAAAGGUUGUACAUAUAAAGUGGGUUUGUUUCAGAUAAGCACAUAUUGAGCAGUUAGUUACAAAUGUAUUGAAGUCAUCACAGGAGUGGAAGGGCAAAAAUAAUAUUUUAUGCACUCCGUUUUCUAAUCAAAUUUUUUAUAGUUUUUUAAACUUCAGUUUUUUUUUGUCAUAAACAAGUUGCAUUUGUUUUGAUUAGCUGGUUUUUAAAGAAAUCGGGACUGUGCAGUGUGAGCCUAUAGCCACAUCAUUGUUUUUUUAAUUUAUUCCUAUACUGUCAAACCGGCCUCAUGAGAAGAUUUGACUGCCCUCCUGACUUUGAACAAUGUUCAAUGUCAUAUUGAUAACUACUGUUAAAAAGAGUCUGCUGUUUCUCACUGUCACAAAAGGAGCAACACUCCAUACAGGCACAGACUUUUUUUGUUGCACAGGAACUUUGAAUGAACUGGUCCAUGUCAAACAUAUUGCAUAAUUGUCAGUGGUUGAAUGUUGAUAAUAAAAGCUGCCUGUAAUUGUG